AUGUACAUAAGUAAUUGCAACUAUGGUCCUAAUAAUAUGCUGACUUUUAAUACUAACAACAAUAAUAAUAACGGUAACAACCAAGAUUCUAUAAACAAUAAUAAUAUUCAAGAUAUUGCAUCAACUUAUCACCCAUUUAACCUCUUUAAUAACAUUCCAAAUACUAUCAAACCCAUCAUCAACAACAUUAACGUUAACGGUAUUAAUGCUAAACAUAAUCCUACUGAUGCAGAAACUAAUCAUAACUUCAUAUCCUCAAACCCCUCAUCCUUCCACAUGCAGGAUCAAAAUCAAAUAAAAAUGUAUCCAAGUCAUGUGUACACUUCGUCACCUUCAUUUGUUACAUACAAUUCUAAUCUUGGUACAAACACAGGCACUAAUAUCAUGAUCAAUCCUAACAAUAAUCUCACACAACAGGUACCUUUAUCAUAUGUAGUUUCUAAUCAACAUACUAUCGCACCCUUUGCAACAUCUUACAUCCCUACUCAAGUCUCGACAUCUUCAAAUCAUUUCAAUAGUGUAUUAAAUUCUUCAAUCGGUAACAACAACAGCAACAAUAACAAUGAUAACUACAAUGGUAAUAGUUCUCAAAUUCCCAUUUCGAAUAGUCGUGUAGAUAAAAAAGAGUUGUCCAAUACCAUUAAUAUAAAUUCGGAGAUAAUUUCUACUUACAAGCAAUUCAAAAGAAAUAAUAGAGCAUGUGAUACGUGUAGAGAGAAAAAGAUUAAAUGUGGUCCAUUGGAUCCAACCAUUGGUAAAUGUAAUAACUGUAUUAAAAGAAAGAGACCAUGUACUUUCAAUUUCCAUCUAAUAUUAGAAAGGAAUAAACAGAAUAAGAAAAAGAAACUGAGGGAUCAAAUGAAUUCAGCAGCCAAAAGAAUCGAAAGAUUAACCAACAAAAACGUUCAAACUGAUAAAAUUGAACAAAAUGAAAAUUUAUCUUCUCAAUUGGAAACAAAAAAUAAUCAUCUUGUCGAUAAAUUAUUAAGGAAACUUUAUUUAUCAAAUGAUAUUGAGUUUAAUUGUAUUGGUUUGCUCAAUGAUAUCACUUCUAGGACGGAAGUGCCAAAUAUUGAUGUUGAAUUUGCACCUAAGUGUAAAUACAAACAAUAUAGAACAACUUUAUUUUCAUCAAAUAAAUUGGUUUGGAUUGCGUGCAAAAUUGAUAGUUUUAAGAAGAAAAAUAAAAGUAACCAAGAAGAUUCAAAUUCAACUUUAAAUGAUUUUUAUGAACCCAUUAAAAAACAUUUUAAUGAAAUAUCGAAAUGGUAUAUGAUUCAAUUGAAAAAAUUGACCAAUUUCGAUAUAUUUUUGAAGAAAGAUCAAAAUGGUAACCAUAUGUUAUUUGAUCUACCAGAGGAUAUUGAAAAAACUAAUAGGAUCCUGGAAAGUUUACAUUUCUCUUUGUUAUUUUUUAUUACGCCAAUAGUAACCUCAGAAGAAACCGACAUUUUGGUGAAGAAAUAUUACAAUAAGGAAGAUAUGGAAUUUCCCGAAAUUUUUUUACUUAAUGUCUCUGUACUGUUUGGAAUCCAAUCAUUUUAUGUCUUACAUUCAAAGGAUAGUAUUCAAAUCAGGAAGGAUAACCACAUGCCAUCUAUUGAAUACAUGGAGGCUAUAGAAAAAAAAUUGUUUAGUAAUUGCACAUAUUGUUAUAAUAAAGUGAUGAUCCAUUCGAGCAAUAUAUAUGUCUUAAAGGCUCUAUUACUUUGGAGUAAAUAUAUUUCAAUUACUUUAAGUAAUGAACUAGGGCUCGAUAUCUUUACUAAGGCAACCUAUAUCAUUCAGGCAUUAGGAUUACAUAAAAAAUCUUAUUAUAAUGGCCUUUCAAAGAAAGAUUUCAUCUCUGCGAAAGGCUUAUGGUGGUAUUGUAUAUCUCUGGAUAGGUUGAAUGCAACAAAUCUUUCAAUGUCACCUUUAAUCUUUUAUGAAUCUACUUUCCCUACCUAUAUGUCAAAAGAAAUAUUUUUAAGCGAUUUAAACACAUUAUUAGAAUAUGAUAAUAAGAAGGAUGAGCAAAUGUCAAAUUUUGAAGAUGCAGUAGAUUAUGCUGCAUCACAUUACGAAUAUUUUACACUUCUAAUAACGUACUAUGGUUCCCAUGUCAGUAAAUACGAGGAUGAAGUAAUGGCUACAUGUUUUAGUAGUCAAAGCAUCCUCACUUCAUCAUUUGAUCAAUUGUUAGACAAAACUUUGGCAAUUAAUAUGAGUUUACUAAAAUGGAGGGAAAAUCUACAUCCUGCAGUUAGAUUAGAAACAUUCAAAGAUUACUAUAAGAUUCUCUCUCUUCAAAAUACUCAACAAAAACCGGAAUUUCAAUUUGAGGUUAUAUGCUGUUAUAUUAUCACAUAUCAUUUUAGAUAUUUGACCCUUUUAAUUACUUUGAAUCUUUUCAUUAUCUCUUUAAUUGAUGAUAACAUAGCAAAUGUGGCAAACAAUUCAGAUGCGUUUGCAAGAUUAAGACAAAUAAAAAAGGAAUCAAUAAUAAAAUACACUGAAUAUGCACAUAAGAUUUUAAGAACUUUUUGUACUCUUAAAAGUCAACCUUUUAUUUACAGAGAAUGCUUAUAUUUUUUCUAUACCGCUGUGUUUGCAUUAAUGUUUAAAAUUAUCGACAGAUUAAACGAUAAAACAGCACAGCUGGACAAUAUGGUGUUACUUGAAGUACUUCACAGACCAUAUCAUAUAAUGUUGGAGAAAGAGCAAAACAGUAAAAUACGUGAAAAUAUGAAGUGGAAUGCAGGGUAUUAUAUCUACGUGCAUUUAUUAAAAACUAUCACUGAAUCUACUUUAAAUGACGAUCUGUAUUUGAAUACAUUUGCGCAAAAAUCUAACAUCUAUGAAGCCAGCCUUACAUUAAUGACACGUGUUGCAAAACUUGCUAAGGAAAAAGCUAUUACUGAAUUGGAAUCUGCCGAUAUAGAUCAAACUGAAUUCUCUGAGAAAUCCUGCAAAAUAUUCAGCGGUUUAACAAAAUUUUUUAUUGAUUUUUUGAAAGAUGAAAACAUACCUACUGCUGACACUAUAAAAAAGUAUAUGCACCACUGCAGUAAUAAGCAGUGUCCACAGUCGAAUAAAAAGGUUCCAGCGGACUGCUCAAUUUUUACUGCACAAGAAACAGAACCUGAAUAUACUGAGGAAAGAAUUUUGAAAGACUUUAAUGAAAAUAUUGGUUUUUUGACUUACGGCACAUUCUUUUAUGAUCGUGAUCUAUUCCUAAGUGAAACCCUGAAAGAUUGGAACUUAAUAUAG